GAGUCGGAGCGGUCGGAGGCCUUUAUGGCUGUGGAAUGCCGGAAAGUGCGUGAGUGCAGCCGCAGGGACGUUUUCUUCUGUUUUCCAGAUCUUGGGGUCUGGAGGCGAUGAAGUAUGCUCUGGCCAGGGACUACCGGGUAUGUUAUGUAUAAAAGGGGAUACUUUCCCUAAUAAAUGAAAAUGGCCAAUUCUUUAAGAGGAGAAGUACUGAAUCUUUAUAAAAAUCUGCUGUAUCUUGGACGAGACUAUCCAAAAGGAGCAGACUAUUUUAAAAGGCGUCUGAAGAAUGUUUUCCUAAAAAACAAAGAUGUGAAGGACCCACAGAAGAUCAAAGAACUUAUUGGACGGGGCGAAUUUGUAAUGAAAGAGCUAGAAGCUUUAUACUUCCUUAGGAAAUACAGAGCGAUGAAACAACGCUAUUAUUCAGAUCAACAAAACUAACUGAUCACUAUUACUAUAAUUUGACUGGAAUUCAGUGCCAGCUGUUUAUGUAUACCAGAUAUGAUAACAGUAACUGUAACUUAAGAUGGCAAGAUAUACACGUUACGUAAAUAAUACCUGAGCUGCCUUAAUGAACUAAAAUAGGCUUCAGCUUCUGUUCACAGAGCUUUAUCAGCAACCCUUUAUGUUUAAUUUUUAUACAAAAUCAGCAAUAUAGCCAACUACAAAUUAAAAAUUAAUGAGUACCCAAUUUUGAAUGAAAAUAUAACGUACUUAAAAUAAUUUGAGCUCAAUGAUUUUUUUUACCAGUUAUUCUUAGCCCAUUUCUCCAUUUUACUGACAAGAGAAUCUCAUUUAAUACAUUUAACUAAGCAAAAUAAUUUCUUGCACAUUUCUUUCCCUUAACUUUUGAAGGAGUACCACCUUAUUUUUGAGCACAUUUGGUACAUUAACAGCACACAUUUAAGGUUCACCACAAAACAAAUAGCACACGGUAAUGAUUUAAGUGCAGUUAUAGAAGUAAUAUGUAUGGGGUAAGAUUAUUUCUGAUCUUGAAGUAGGCUGCCAGUGACUGGCAUUAUAUAUACCUAUUUAGUAUCUUCCAUUAUUAAUUUUGCUGCUGGCUCCCUUUGGGUCUUAAAACAAAUCACCUGCUGUGUAUCAAUUACCUUUACUGAUAAAAAGUAAUAAAUAAUGUUAUUCUGUUCUUUCAUCAUUAAGGCAGAUGUGUUUUGCAUCUACUUCUAAAUGAGUUAACACAGUAAUGGACCUAAAUCUAACAUGGUUUUAAGCAAACACUUAAACGUUUACAUAAUGUUCACAGCACCCUUCACAAAUAAAGAACAUAAACGCAUAAGCUGCAAAAGAUUCACUAAUACAGUGUCUGUGGCUUAUAAGAUAUUCCAUAUCAACUGUGGGGCAGAUGUUUGAAAUUUCCAUCAAGAAGUACACACUAUCAUAGUCACCAUAACUAUUUUUAUUACAUUACAAUAAUUAGGAGCAGUACAGUUCAUGACAAAAAUAUUACAAAUUUCAGAUCACUUCACAGCACAUACUCCUAUAAACAUUUAAAAGUUAAUUUUAAUUAAAAGAGUGGUCAUUUUUAAAUUUAAUGUUUGAUAUGACCAACAUUCCUAGGUCAGCGCAACCAAAUGAUGGAAAACAACUGGAUCACACUGCAUAUGUCCCACAAAAAAAAGCACAAUGUACAAAAUGUGCAUGUUUCAGUUUACACUAUACAAAAAUAGUUAAAAUACAUUCCAGGUAAACAUGUUACAUUAAGAAAUAGUACUAGUAAGAAAUUGGCACUCAAAGGAAAAAUGCAAAAGUAUUUUCAACAUGAAAACACAAGACAGUGGAACUGGAAACUUCUGGAUAAAACAUUACAUAACCCAUUUAGCUUACGGGAAGGGGCCCUCUGUAAUGGAAUUUCUGUAAGUAAGAACUUUGUUUUUUCCUAAAUUCAUCUAAAUUGCCUAUCAUCAUCCCAAACAGGCACUUAAAACUAUUAAACUAAAAACAUUUACUAAUCUAGUUAUGACUAUUCUUCAAGAACUGAUGUAAAUAAUAUCUUUAGGAAGAAAUGAUUUUCAUUUUCUGAAGGAAUUUACAGCUACCAGUUGUAUGCUGUUCAAUUUCUCAAUGCAAAUUUCAUGCUACCCAAUACUAAUACAGAAGUUAUUAAAUAUAAAUUCAGUUUUAAAGUAACUGGUUUUUUAAAAAUCAUUAAAACAGUUACCAAGAAAUUACUUUUUGACAAUGGAAAUGACAGUUUUUAUUGCCUACCAACAAAACGUGUAUUGUUUAGAAAAAAAUGGUUAGAAGAUAAAAAUCACUGGAACACAAAUGAGAUAAACUUAUGCAAACUGCAACUGAACAUGCCUCACAAACUUUCUAUAUAUAUUAGGACAAAAUUGUGCAAUGGUGGCAAAGAUUCUGAUAACCUGUAUAAGUUAGGUUCUAAAUUCCUAUGCAGUGUGACUCAGUUAAAACAGAGCCUAGAAUUCCUAACUGGGAAUAUUCACUCAAAUUAUACUACCUACUUCUACAUUCUUCCACAAACAUGUUAAUGUCUAAGACUAUGUAAUUUAGCAAUUUUUUCAACUCCAAGGAUUUUUAUCUUUAAGGCCGUAAUAAUUACAUAAUAUUUCUUUCUAGGAUUAUCGCUCCCCUUUUAAAAUCUCUACAAAAACAAACCUUUUGUCAAACCAUUCAAAAUUCACAUAAUAAAGGAUAAUUACCACUGCCUAAAAAAAGUUGCCCAGGUACAUUAAAAAUUCAAGAGUCCUAAAAAUCCCUCAGUUAUGCACUGCAAUUCCUGAAGUAUGGCCAUUUCUUUCUCUUGUGUAGAAACAAGAGGAAGUACUAUAUAAAGUCUUAACACCCGAUCUAGAUAAUGUUCCAUAAACCUGUAGUUUAGCAUAGCAUUUCACAAGUUGGACUGAUUUUUACACAAAAAUUUCCUUUUCUGUGAUUUAGUUCAGGCAUCUGUUUAUUCACACCCAGAUAAAUGAAACUAUUUUUGAAUUCAAUAUUUAAGUCUAUUUUAAUUAUGAUACAAAGAGACCAACUACAAUAUUACACACUUGGGAAUUUUAAUGUUAUCAUCUGACAUAUGAUUUAAUGUGUACUACAACUGUCCCAACAAAAUCACAUAAUUAUCCCAAAUAAAAAACAAUAUAGUCAAGUUUAUUCCUUUAAAAUAAUGAAGUAAAGUGAUUUAUAUAAAGUAGCUUGAUUAAACAGCUUUACUGGAAUCAGAGCAAAACAAUUAUUUUAGAUCUGGAAGAAACCUUAGAGACUAUCUCCCUACUCUGCCAAACUAAAAUAUGCAUGUUAUCUCUGGGUCAUGUGCCAAAUGCCUAAGAUAUUACAGACCACUCUAAGAUAUCAGCACUACGUAAGGAGAGGGAUUAUGUCCCUUGUUGGGGAUACUGUAAUAUCCCCAGUGCCUUGUGUAGUACCUGGCAUCCAACAGGCACUCAGACUUUUGCUGUAAAAAUUAAUUCUGCUAAAAAGUAAGCUUUAUGAAUUAAAUUUUAAAGUAUUUUUCAUUGUAAGAAGAUUUUACUUAUUAAAAUAAUGGAAUGUAUCACUGUUACCAGGGCUAAUCCUAGUUUUAGAUUAUCUAAGGAAAUCUUUCAGUAUUUCUGAAUUAAAUUUAUUAAAUUCUACUGGAUAGGGUCUGUUUAUUCAUAGCAGGUAUGAAAAUUCCUACUUUUCCUACUUAGUCACUAGUAGACCAGGUAGCAAAUAGAUGAUGUUCAAAGGAUCAAAAUUAAAUUGCAAUAGCGACCAUCUGAAAAUUAGUUUAUUAAGUCAAAUCCUACUACAGUAUCUGUCAGAUUAUGUUGAGCCUUCAUGGAGAUAUCCAAAGCAGUAAUAAAUCUUGAGGUUAGGGGAAUUAGAAGAAUUAAAAGAAAAAGCGUCAAGUCAUGGGGCAUGUAGAAGGGUAGGCAGGCAAGGUGACACUAAUAUGGGAGAGGAGUACUGCUACUGGAGAACAGAUACUCAAAAAUAAACUUCACCUCUUGCACAACUUUGUCUGAGACUGGCGCUGAAGAUAGUAACACAGUUAAAAAGUUACAGAUUGUGCUGAGAUUGACAGAUAGAUAUAUCCUUAUGUAAACUGAAUGUAAAUCACAUAGUUGUAUGCUAGCUAUAGCCUUUGAGAUGACUUAUUUUAACAUGAAGAAAUGGAUAGUAAGUGAUUUGCCCAAAACUGAAGUUGUAAAAGACAUGUAACUAGAAUUUAAGUCACCUUCCUCCUAGUCCAGUGAUAUCUUCACCUCAAUACACCAUCUCACUUCAGAUAUUUAAAAAUACAUUUUAAAAGCACUGAAAGAAUCACUGUUAUUAUUUUAUUAUUUAAGUAUUAGAUAUUCUUAAAUAUGGACCAUACUUGUAUGUAUGAAAUGUUACUUCAGCCAGUGUUGAGAACAAGCCAAUACUAAAGAUUUUGAAACUUUUUCACUUCACUGUUUAAAAAAAAUUAGUCUUGCCAUCCCCUACCCUGAAAUCUUAUUUGAAAUUAUGUUUUUAAAAAGUUUUUUUAAAAAAAAAAAAAA